AAACGCUGGUUUGACUCCGCCGUGCGUCCCCCCCCCGCUGGCGCUCAGCCCUCGGGGGGGCGCGGGGGGAGCCAGCCCCUGUGCGGGGAGGUAGGAAGGACUCUGCGCUGAGCCCCUCCCCGCCGCGGAGUCGGAGAAGAGAUGCCCAACUUUCCCCUUCCUCCCCGGCGGCGCGGAGCGGUGCGCGGAGCGCGGUGCCGGGCGGGCGGUGGCGGGGCUGGAGCGCAGCGCAGCGGGCAGAGGGGGGGCCCCGCUGCCGCCCCCGCCCCGGCCCCGCGCUGAGCCCCUCCGGGGCGGGCGCGCCGCCGCCGCCGCGCCCCCGGGGCCACUCCGCUCCUCGCCGAGAUGCCCGGGACGGUGCUGCUGCUCUGCCUGGCCCUCGGGCCGGUCCUGCGCGCCAGGUGCGAGAGCACAGAGGAAUACGAUUACGAUUACCUCAGCAUCAAUAAAACCUGGGUCCUCACUCCCAAGGCACAGGAGACUGAUGCCACACAGAUCCUCAACUCACUGCUGAAGAACUAUGACAACAAGCUGAGGCCUGACAUUGGCAUCAAGCCCACGUUUAUUGAUGUGGAUAUCUAUGUGAACAGCAUCGGGCCAGUCUCUGUCAUCCAGAUGGAAUACACCAUUGAUAUCUUCUUUGCUCAGACAUGGUAUGACCGGCGUCUUCGUUUCAACAGCACCUUGAAGGCCCUCACACUGAACACCAACAUGGUGAGCCGCAUCUGGAUCCCCGAUACCUUUUUUAGGAACUCGAAGCGGGCUGAUUCUCACUGGAUAACCACUCCUAAUCAGCUCCUCCGCAUCUGGAAUGAUGGAAAAGUGCUCUACACGCUCAGGCUGACGAUCGAGGCUGAAUGUCUGCUGCAGCUGCAGAAUUUCCCAAUGGACACUCAUUCCUGCCCUUUGGUUUUUUCCAGUUAUGGCUACCCACGUGAGGAGAUUGUCUAUCGCUGGAGGCGCUACUCCAUUGAGGUCUCCGACCAGCGCACCUGGAGGCUCUACCAGUUUGACUUCACGGGGCUGAGGAACACCUCAGAAGUUCUCAGGACUGGGGCAGGGGAGUACAUGGUGAUGACAGUUUCUUUUGACCUAAGUAGACGUAUGGGUUAUUUUGCCAUUCAGACCUACAUUCCCUGCAUCCUGACGGUUGUUCUCUCCUGGGUUUCCUUCUGGAUCAAGAGAGACUCUACACCAGCCAGGACAUCUCUGGGCAUCACGACUGUGCUAACAAUGACCACCCUGAGUACAAUCUCCCGCAAGCACCUUCCCCGUGUUUCCUAUAUCACAGCCAUGGACCUCUUUGUCUCUGUGUGCUUCAUCUUCGUCUUUGCAGCUCUCAUGGAGUAUGCUACUCUCAACUACCUGGUGGGAAACAAGAAACCACUUGAGCACAACAACAGGAAAGCCAGGCUGCCACCUGCCAGUGCACAGGUGAUGCCGUCCUUUACCACCAUCAACAUCAACAACAUCAUGCACUGGCCCACAGAGAUAGAGGAAGAUGAGGAUGAAGAUCCUGGCUCCCCAUGCCUGGAAGGAAAGGAAUGCGAGAGGUUCUUCUGCUGCAUUGAGGACUGUCAGACGGGAAUGUGGCGGGAAGGGAGGGUCCGCAUUCACAUCUCCCGCCUGGACUCCUACUCCCGUGUAUUCUUCCCCACUGCCUUCCUGCUCUUCAACAUUGUCUACUGGAUUGCUUAUCUCUAUCUCUAGCUGUUCUUUGUCCUCAGCUGGACUGGACUGGAGACCAGCAAGAUGGGCUUCUCAAGGAAAAUAGAGAACAGCAUUUCUUCCAUCAUAGUUGAUUGUCGGUCUGAACAAUCCAAUCUGGUGAUUCCCUCUUUCUGCUCUCUCAUCUCUUUUGAGAAGAACCAGACGCCUUUUUUUUAGCCUUCUAACAUACCCUUUUAGAGAAUCUACCUUUCCCAAACAACUCCCUCUCCAGCACCACCAGCAUUUUACUCCUUGUAAGAUUGCCCAAAAACAUUUUAUUCCCAUCUCAAACAUUAGGGAUUUUGUCAAAAACAAAAACCUUAAUGCAUUUCAUUUUUCCACCCAAUCUUACUCCAAAAAUCCAUGUGAAGCGAUGGCAAAUGGAAUUUUCUGCAUAGUUUUUAAGACUAUGGAAGAAAUAAAGUGUAUCUUACAACUUCUGCACCAAUUCAACCAGAAUAAACUUCUUGGAGUGCUAGAGGCUUGGUAAAGCCAGACAGAAAGAAGUGUGAAAGAGAGCAGCAGGACAGCUUUCCCACAGUAGCUAGACUUGGCUAAAAUGUUUUGAACCUGUCCAGAAAGCUGACAGUGGCACGGACAAGGAUGGAAUAGCUGCAAGUUUCCACCAGCUCCCUGUAGGAUAUCUGGGGAGCAUUCCUCAUGGAUCACUCCACUUGUUAUACCAAGUGUCACCCAAGGCAUCCACCCACAGAGGCAUCGCUAAUUAUCAUGAGAUGGUGGUAAAAAGCACGUCACAAGUAUAAAGGGCCCAUCUACCUUACUGGAGCAGACUUCAGGGCCCACGGUGACUUUCAGCUUUGUUAUCAGUACUUCAAGCAGGCUAUGGAGCGUACAUUGGGCAUAGCCAAAAGAAAGUCCAUAGCCAUAGAAAGUCCUUACGCUACAAAAACCAGAAGUCUCAUGAGCCAGGUGUGAGGCGACUUUCUUUGGCCUGUCUUGUGUGAGCUGGGCCUGGUUGUACCAUACAUUGUAGCAGGGCAGUGCUCUCCUUCACAACAACACCUGUUGAAACCACCAGAUCUGUGCUUGGUCGUAGGUGCUAACCUGAAAAAGGGAUACUAGAAAACAAAACAGGAUCAGCUACCAGUGCUGCACCCACCAGUAGUGGGGAGAGGGUCUUCCUGCAGCUUGAGUGUGUUUCCUUGCUUCUCUUUUUAUUUUUUAAUUACAUAAAAAAACCUGACUUCACUACAAGACAUUUCACUAAGACUUCACUAUGGCUCUUUCCAGUUCCCAACAAUACUUGUCCCUUUUCUUCCCGAAAAUCAGGAAAUGGAGUGAGUUGUCCUUGGUAUAUUUCAGGAAGGCCAGACAUAGUAAGAUGGUUCCUUAUGACCCAUCUUAAAGGGCUAGAGAAAUGCAUAACAUAGUCUCAAUGGGGAAGAAACUACGAGGUACAAGAGGAAAUUUAGGCUCAGGGUCCAUAACGUGUAAAUCAGCUACAUCCCCAUUUAUACCAACUGCUGAUGCGGCCCACAGCAUGAUUGUGAAAAGCAAUGUGCCGUUAAUAGUUACUGCGUAAAUUACAAACAAAAAAUAAAUUUUUAAAACCAGCAUGUUUUAGAAACAAUUAGCACUUAAAAAGCUUGUCAGGAGAAUAAAGCUGGCAGGGUUGCAGAGAAAAAGUUAGGAAUGGCUGGCUCACAGCACAGCUAACAGGAGCAGGAGGUUUUACAUAUUCUUAGAGAGCAAUUUGAUCUGGUUUAAAGAUGGAUUUUGACACUGUUAAAUCUGAUCUGAGUAAUGAAGUGUCAUGUUUAAUUCAUUCAUAAAUACAUCCUUACCUUGGUUCCAGAGGAGCAGCUAGACCGCCUAAUUAAGUAUACAAUAGUACAACACUCAGUAAGUAUAACCUAAUGGGGGUCAGAACAGCAUAGCUCUGCAAGGGGAAAUUGUGCCUGUCUAACCUGUUAUAGUUCUUCUUUUAAAAUACCAAGUAAGAGAUAAAGGUUACCCAGAAGCAUAAUUUGCUUAGCUACUCCGACAGCUUUCGAAAGGAUGGAAAGAAAUUAUGGCAUGUGGUUCUAACUGAGGAAAUUGAUUUAGCAAAAGAAUUAUUAAGGAGGUUCUAAUUAGAGGAAAUUAACUGAGGAGAGGGGAAAAAAGAAUUGUUAAGGAGGCUCUAAUUAGAGGAAAUUAAUGUUUUAGAAAGAAAGUCACAGAGAGGGAGAAGUCUAAGAAAAGAAUCAAAACAACUUCCAGACAAGGAAAGCUGCCGACUCCCAGCCAAGCAGGUUGAUGUUCUGCUCCUCAUAGCAAAGCGCUAUUAGAUGUAGCAACAGAAAAACCUCCUAUGACUCAACCAUACACUGACGGGGAGCUGUAUUGAACAGGGUCCUGUCAUCUCUCCGUGGAGCCAAAAGGAAAGAGCAUCCUAUAUUAAAACUGGCCCACAUGACAAGCUCUGAGCAAAGCCUGUCUUCCCGCAUCAGAAGGCAGUUGCUGGCACGUGCAUGGGAAGGGGAACCCCAAUAGCAAACCAGGGCUUGUGCCAAACAUGCUCAUUAGCAGUACAGUGGCAUAAAAGGUAUGCAGGCAAUAUAGGCUGCGAUGAACACAGGCAGCAAAAUAUGGAAGGGAAGCAUCUGAGAAAGGGAUGGUAGAAGGGAGAACGUAACACCUGUGUGCAAAGGACUCCAAACGUCUACAGUUCACUGCAGCUUUGAAGUACUCAGAAGCCUUGAUGGACACAGAUGAUCGUCAUGGGCACCAGAGUACAGACAUCAGCCCUAAGAGCAGCAGCUUGUUGAAACAGACCUUUUAUAGAAUCAGCCAGUAGAGAAGCAGAGUGUACAAGAGACCUAAGAGGAUGACAGAGCCUUGGGCAAAGUAGACUUGCAAGAUUAUAAGAUUUCACAAAAAAAAAAAAAAAAAGAUAAAGCCAACACACACCUAGGUAAUUUAACCAAUGAUGAAGGAUUUAACAGAGGAAAAUAGCCUAGUGUGGGCUGGAGCACAAAAAAGCUGAUUACUAAGGCUGGGGAAGGAGGAGGGAGGGGGCUUUUUGGCUUAGGGAAAUCUGUGCCCAUCAUAAAUAGCUCAAUAAAUAAAGGCAUGCACAAAUUCAGUCAUGUUUUGAAGUUUCUACAGUAUCUCAGAAAAAGGAAGCUAAGAAAAAUCCACCAUUUUCUGGAACUACUUUGCAAAGCUCCAAUUUCCUGAAAAACAGUUUCCCUGCUAUGAGCAGGGAAUCCAAGGCACAGAGACAUCCAUAGCUGUGUGUGGCCCUGCUCAGCAAGGCAGCCAGAGCAGAGCCCCACUGGUCCCCUGCUAGAGCAGCAUAGACCACAGCCCGAGAACAUGGGGCUGAGCCGAGCUGUACCGGGCAGGAGGGACGGAGGCACCUGGGUGGUUGUGCCGCCUCCUCCUCUUAUGUAGGUUUCAACUUUCUUCCCCACACAGAAACUCGGUGGAGGAGCCAUGUAUUGCCACCAUCACAGGUGAGUUGGUGCUGGGCUUUCCUCACCUCCCUUGCCCUUCCUGGGGACAAGUGAGUCACCUUCCCAUCCCCAACACCUACAGAGGAUCUCAUGCAGACGAACACUGCAUUACAAGUUUCCUUACCAGUGGCUGAGGAGUGUCUGAUGCUGACUAUCACGGCUGAUCCUGUAGCAGAACUUGCAUCCAAAGUUAGGGAACUUUGCUGUGAACAGGGUCAGUUCCAUGUCUUUCUGGAUAAUCAUCUCUAGAACUUCCAGGAUGAAGUCAACGAUGAAUUCAUCUGCCAUAUCUGUCUUUAGGCUCUGCUCCAACCUGUGGACAUAUGUACUGUUUCAAAUGCCUUGAAAACUUCAUGCAGGAAUAUAAAUCUGUCCUGUGGAUCAGAAAAGGCUCUCUUCCCAGCAGUGCCACAAGUGGCAGAAAGUUCUGCAGCUGAAGUGGUAUCACUAGAGACUGCAGAGGCUGGACUGGUCAACCCAUCUUUUGAGGAGGCUGAAGAAGACCUUUCUAGGAGAGUUAGAGUUACAGCUGAAAUGAAAACAACUGAAAUUCACCAAGAAGACAUGGCAGAAGAGUUGAGGAUGAGGACAGCUGGGGUAAAGACACCCUACUGGGAAAUGUCGUUCAAGAAGAAUUGCAGGAUUGCAUCAUUGCUGCAGAUGAAUAGCACCUGAGGACCAUAUUCUUUAAGUGGAUGGUGUCAACAUCAGCAGUGUGGCUCACUGCCAACUGUUUCCUUGCUGUGCCUCCCAGAGCUCGGUACUGAGGCCAGUUCUCUUUUAUAUCUUCAUCAGUAAUAGGGACAAGGGGAUCAAGCACAACCUCAGUAAGUUUGCAGAUAACACCACGGUGAGUGGGAGCGUUGAUCUGCUGGAGGGUAAAAAGCUGCUACAGGUCAGAUUGAUGGGCUGAGGCCAAUUGUAUGAGGUUCAACAAGGCCGAGUACUGGGUCCUGCACUCGGGCCACAACCAACCCCAAGCAACACUACAAGCUCGGGGAAGAAUGGCUGAAAAGCUGCCUGGUGAAAAGGACCCGAGGGUGCUGGUUGACAGCAGCUGAACACAAGCCAGUAUGUGCCCAGGUGGUCAAAAAUGCCAGUGUCAUCCUGGCUUGUGUGGCAAUAGCGUGGCCAGCAGGACCAGAGCAGUGAUCAUCCCCUUGUACUGGGCACUGGUGAUGCUGCACCUUGAAUCCUGCGUUCAGCUUUGGGCCCCUCAUGACAAGAAAGACAUUGAUGUGCUGGAGAGAGUUUAAAGAACAACGAAACUGCUGAGGGUCCUGGAGCACAAGUGUUAUGAGAAGCAGCGGAGAGAACUGGGGCUCUUUAUCACUGUCUACAACUGCCUGAAAAGGUAUUGGAGCAUGGACGCUGUUGGUCUCUUCUCCUAAGUAACAAGCAAUAGGAUCAGAGGAUAUAGCCUCAAGUUGCACCAGGGGAGGUUCUGAUUGGAUAUUAGGAAAAAAGUUCUUCACAGAAAGGGUUAACGAAGCAGUGGAACAGGCUGCCCAGGGAAGUAGUUGAGUCACCAUCCCUGAAGGUGUUUAAAAGAUGUGUACAUGUGAUGCUUUGGGACAUAGUUUAGGGGUGGACUUGGCACUGUUAGGUUUAUAGUGCGAUUUGAUGAUCUUAAGGGUGUUUUCCAACCGAAACAAUUCUAUGGUUCUAACAUCUAGCUAAUGAUGGGGACCAGAAAUUAUUAUCUCAGCACUUAUGUUUUAUGGCUUUUGUUUGAAAGAUGCAAGGAAUUCAGGAAAAAGUUUGAUUUAUCAUUUCUCUGUCUCCAAUUCCAAUCUUACCCUUGCAGAGUAUGCCAUGUAAGGCACCAUUUUUAGACUGUAUGCUCUUCAGGGCAGGGACUCUCUUAUUGUGCAUCUGUACAAGGACUAGCACACUACAGCUUGAUCCUUAACUGGGAUUUCUGGAUGCUACUUAUUAUAGAUAAUAAACAACAGUAUGGACUACCCA